AUGUGCGUCAAUCUUUUGGGUGAUAUGUAUCCUCGGGCGCUCAGCAUGGUUGCCAAGUACCGGCGCGACUUCGAGUUGGAGGUUGCCAAUAAGGAGUUGGACAAUGCCCUGCAAAUGGCAACUUGUGACGCAGAGGAAAACCUGCGCAUCGCUGAAGAGCGCAUUCGCAUCAGGUUGCAAGAGAACAUUUGUACCCUUCAAAUCGAACGCGCCUUGGCCAACCGCCGGAAACGAAUACCCCACAUUUCCAAAUCCAAGACAAAGGCCUCCUUUGAUGCCGGUCAUGGACGCCGUCACAAGGACUUCACAAAGUCCCCGAAUUAUGGUUUUACGCCAACAGGCGAGCAGGUCGGAUCCGUGUUAACGCCGGCCACUCCGUUGGCGGCGAUGGAGCUGGAGGACUGUAAUGAGACCUGUUUGCCCAGUCAGGAUCUAGAGCCACGGCGAAAGCCCGUGGCGCUGCCCCCCUCCCUUCCCCGACUAAUCUACGAGCUGGACGAAGAAGACAUCCAGACUGACCUUCAGGUCAUCAUGAAUGCCGUGAAAGAGCACAAGGUUGCAUUAGCUAUGGCUCAGAUGAACGCGGAAAAGCGGGAGUCCUGA